ACCUUACGUUGUAGCACCGGAGGCAAAUGUCAGUAACGUGGAAGGACACUGCAAGAAGCAAUCAUGUAUCGAGCUUUAUUUCGGAUUGUGAGCACGGCUCGAAAUCCUCCAGCCAGUGUCAACGAGUCGUGUGUGCUGCUAGUUAAAUAUAACACAACUACAGCUCCGGUGUUCAGGGUUGCAAAUGCAAGUGGAGUCAAAGCCCUCAGUACAAGUUCAGUCAGGCUCUGUGAAAAGAAAAAUGAUCUUACCUCCUCUACUCAAGAUGACAAAACAAAUGCAGAUAAAGAAGCUGACCCAGCAGAAAGUCCAACUUUGGUUACACAGAAAGCUGAAGAUGACAGCAAAGUCAUCAAGAUGGCCGAGCAAAGUGAGGAGCCAGUGGUGUUAAAGACAGAUGAUCAAGGUACCACACAACAGCAGACGGAUGCUAAAAGUGAACAGGACGUGUUGAAGUCAAAACGAGUGAAGACUGAUGCAGAUAAGAGUGGGAAAGACAAUCUCCUUGAUCUUCUUAGAAGCAUGUCACUGGAGGUAACUAAUAAGAGGGUUUUAAGAGAGAAGCAGAUGCGUCAGACUAGACCACAGUCACCGUCUCAGCAGACUGAUGUAAAGGCUUCAUCGAAGAGUGGGACACUGGAUGCUGAACUGGUUGCAGCUGCAUCUGCUGCGGCCGCCACUCUGCCUGACCGCAGCCAGGCAGAGUCUGAGCUGCUCGCAAAACUGAGGCAGCGCAAGGACAUCACUGAAGUUCAGAAGAAAGGCGACAUGAGCAAACUCGGAGCAAUUAUGGGCGACCUAAAAGUUGAAAAGAACUCCAGAUUAGCCACCCGACCUUCCUCUCAGCUGGCUGACCUGAUCCAAUAUGACGACGACGAAGGGAAAGGUUACCCACACAACACCAGAAUCACUGCUAAGCUGAAUGAUUCUCGGAUAAGGAAGAAGGUGCUUUCAGAGAAUAGACUUAAAAUCUUCUCCCCCACUACUGAUGAAGAUGGAGUUGAAACAGUUGCACAGCCAACUCUGUGGGACAUGCAUUUUGCACAACAGUUGUUUAAGUUGAUCAACCAACCUCCCCGCAAUGGGUUUGAUGAAAUGAUCCAGUGGACCAAAGAGGGAAAGAUGUGGCAGUACCCAAUCAACAAUGAAGUUGGUCUUGAGGAGGAAGCCAGCGUCUCAUUCCACGAGCAUAUCUUCUUAGAGAGACACUUGGAGGAGGGUUUCCCCCGUCGGGGACCAGUGCGUCACUUCAUGGAGCUGGUGGUGGCUGGUCUGUCCAAAAACCCCUACCUGACAGUCCAGCAGAAGAGGGAACACAUUUCCUGGUUCAGAGACUACUUCAAGCAAAAAGAGGGUGUCCUCAAGGAGGCUGAAGUUUAACUCAACUAAACUUAAGACAAUUGAAUAUGUUUUGUGGAUAGAUAAAAGCCAAGACCUGUUUACUCAGCAGGACUUUGCAACUGUGAUCAUCUUUACUCAUACAGUUGAACAGUUGAGGUUCCAGUAGAAAGCCAGCUUGUAAGUCUUUCAGGAGGCCUGUUAGAGUGGACUGGCAUUAAGUCUGCCUGUGUGUCAAACGUUAUAGUAUCUAUUGUUUCUAAAAUGUGCAGAGAAAAUAUAAAAUGUUGCUUAUACAGUUGUACAAAGUAUACAAUCAAUAUAAAGCAGCAUAAGUACAGUCAUGGCUAUUUGCUUAUUUAAUUUUCUGCCAUUUAUCCACAUCUACCACUGAUCACUUGUUCACACAGGCAAUUAACUGACUAUAAUGUGUCACUAGCGUGGUGACACACUCAUGAAAAGACAGCGUCUGGGAUACUGAGAUAAUAUCAGUGUAGUUUAGUGAUACACAGGCGCUAUUAAGUGGUUAACUUGAUUCCAUUAUUAAUAUAAAAGGUUUACUUUUGUAUCAAGACACGUUUGCAGAUAAGGUGGGAUUAAAAACAACACUGUUAAUGGA